AUGGAAAAAACAGAGCCACCCUCCCAUGCCCUCCUCACUGACACCACGCUCCAGUUCCUACUUGGAUUUACUUUUAGUACCAUGGUGGGAAUGUAUCUGGCUCAGAACUAUGACAUACCAGACCUGGCUAGAAAACUUGAAGAAAAAAAGGACUUGGAUGCCAAGAAGAAACCCCCUACCUAGUUCAUGGAGCAGACUCCAGCACUACCUUCUGGAUAUUCCGAUUCUGCUGUUCUUGAGGGCCUCCUUACCAUCUGAACCAAAAUUCCAGCCUCAGUGAUUUUCCUUUCUUCUAGAUCCUCCCUUGGCUCAGAGCACAAAGGGGGCCACAAGCGAAGAACUAUGCUUUUCCAACCUCCUCAUCUCUUCCCUUCCUCCUUCCAGCCACUUGAGAUGGCCUAAGACUGGAACUAUGGUGCUAGAUUAAUGAAUGUGACCUUUAAUUAGUAGUCUCUUCCUUCAUUCUUUGGGAUU